UAAAAUUUGAGCUUGAACCAUCAUCAAUAAACCAUCAAUUUGGUGGUGGGAACAAAAGGAGGUCAACAGAUCUACGUUGACCGCGGCCACGUCUCCUCCAGUGAGACUAACCAACCAGCCAGCCAGCCACCCACCAACGACCUCCCUUUCGCCACCCAGUCGAAUCUUCUCUCAACAUCUCAUCUGGGUUUUCUUUCCCUUCAUCCAACAUUACCCAAAUUUGAGAUCUGGGUUCAAACAAUUGAUGAUGAACAUGUGCCGGAAAGACCCCGGACUACCCACUGAUUCCUUCUAUGAAAUUCGAGCUGGAUGCACCGAUGUUCCUUCAACCAAGUUUAGGAUCAAGGCUGGAAAGACUCUCAGUGUAAAAAGGUGGCGGUCAGCGUUUACCCCCGAAGGUUAUCUUGAUAUAAGCAAGUGCCUUAGUCGAAUUUAUCACGGAGGAAUUCAUCCAUCAAUUAGAGGAGAAGUGUGGGAAUUUCUUCUUGGUUGUUAUGAUCCUAAAAGCACAUUUGAUGAACGGGAAAAAAUACGACAAAGGAGAAGGGAUCAAUAUGCUGAGGUGAAAGAAUCUUGCAGCCGUAUGUUUCCUGUUGUUGGAAGCGGCAAGUUCAUCACUGCACGUGUGAUCACAUCAAACGGGGAUCCAGUUCAAGAUCCAGUUGUACUGUUGGAGACAAAUCUUGAACACCUUCCGACACCACAAUCUCAAGAAAGUGUUCCAGACACAGUGGAUUCUCGGGAGCAUGAUAAGGACAUAAUUCAAUGGAAGCUUGCCCUACAUCAAAUAGGUCUUGACGUGGUUCGCACGGACAGGUCACUGACGUUUUACGAGAAGCAAGAGAAUCUUGCAAAACUUUGGGAUGUUCUUGCUGUUUAUGCUUGGUAUGAUAAAGACGUUGGUUAUGGUCAAGGAAUGAGUGAUAUUUGCUCCCCAAUGAUUAUGCUUCUUGAACAUGAAGCAGAUGCAUUUUGGUGCUUUGAACGAUUAAUGCAGAGAUUGAGAGGGAAUUUCAGGUGCACGGGCAACUCUGUGGGGGUUGAAGCACAACUUGACAUCUUGGCUAAUGUAAAUCAAGUUGUUAAUCCUAAACUUCACCACCAUCUAGAACACCUUGGUGGAGGCGGUUAUCUAUUCGCAUUCCGGAUGCUUAUGGUGUUGUUUCGGAGAGAAUUUUCUUUUGGCGAUUCAUUGUACUUGUGGGAGAUGAUGUGGGCUUUAGAGUAUGAUCCCGAAUUGUUCUCAUUGUUUGAGGGAGCGGAAACACACAAUAAAUAUGAUGCUCACAAACCAACACGAAAAUCCAGACGACAAUACGGCAAGUAUGAGAGACGAAACAGGAGAAAUCGGGCUGGGUCCAGAAGCAAAUCCGGGGCCGAGUCGGGUGCAUCGCUUCCCAUAUCUGUCUUCGUUGUAGCGAGUGUCCUCAAGGACAGGAGUGACAAGUUAUUGAGAGAAGCUCGGGGACUAGACGACGUUGUGAAGAUACUAAAUGACAUUUCUGGGAAUAUGGAUGCCAAGAAAGCUUGCAGAGGAGCUAUGAAAAUUCACAAAAAGUAUCUAAAAAGGCAAAAAUCAUGAUGGCGUUCAGUGAACGAGCUUCCAUGGCUUCUUUCAAUCCCGUCAAGUUUGAGUUUUGAUGAUCGUUUUCGCAUUUGAAAACGAUAACUGCAGUGUUGGAGGCAAUAUUUUUUUUGUGAGUUGAUGGUCAUUGACCCUUUGAUUUUCUUUCUACAAGACAAAUGAACAAGUCAUCUUUGUAUAUGUAUAAUGUAUAUGUAGCAACAAUCUUGUAAAAGUACAAAGGUGCUCUUGUUUUUUAAGUGUAUUUUGAGUAAUUAUGUUUA